CGGAUGCGGAUGCGGAGGUGGCGGCGGCGGUGGCUGCGGCGGCGGCGGCGGCGGCUGCGGAUGCGGAUGCAGAUGCGGAUGCGGAGACCAGCCGGGGCUCCGAGGGGAACCCGGACUUUCCUAUGGCCUCGCUGUACGUGGGCGACCUGCACCCUGAAGUGACAGAGGCGAUGCUGUAUGAGAAGUUCAGCCCGGCGGGGCCCAUCCUCUCCAUCCGCAUUUGCAGGGACAAGAUCACCCGCCGCUCGUUGGGCUACGCGUACGUCAACUACCAGCAACCGGUGGACGCCAAGCGGGCCCUGGAAACCCUGAACUUUGAUGUCAUCAAGGGCAGGCCCGUGCGCAUCAUGUGGUCCCAGCGGGACCCCUCGCUCCGCAAGAGUGGGGUGGGCAACGUCUUCAUCAAGAACCUGGGCAAGACCAUCGACAACAAGGCGCUGUACAACAUCUUCUCGGCGUUUGGCAACAUCCUGUCCUGCAAAGUGGCCUGCGACGAAAAGGGGCCCAAGGGCUACGGGUUUGUGCACUUCCAGAAGCAGGAGUCCGCAGAGCGGGCCAUUGAUGCGAUGAAUGGCAUGUUCCUGAACUACCGCAAAAUUUUCGUUGGGAGAUUCAAGUCGCAUAAAGAGCGAGAGGCCGAAAGGGGAGCCUGGGCCAGGCAGUCCACCAGUGCUGACGUCAAGGAUUUCGAGGAAGACACCGAUGAGGAGGCCACCUUGCGAUGAAGACAUGCCAGGAACGAGCCAGCCAGCAGAGCCAAACCUUGGCUCCCACCCGGCUUCCGAAAUGUCAUCUUCAGUGCCUGCAGUGUAUCGAUGGAUCUUUAACAUUUCUGAAUCAAUCCCGCAUUGUUGGACAUUCAGGUGGUGCCUAGUUCUUUCCUUGUGUUUAAACCCAACACUGCAUACUCUGAUGAAUGAAUCCUUCCUUGUCAAGCCAAAUCGCUAGCCUACCGGAUGGUCUUCUUAACUGUGGACUUGCAGGAUCCACAAUAAAAUAUCCUUGCAGGAUAUUUUAAAGACUUUUCCUGUGUGUUGCCAAAUGGCCCCUUCAUAAGCAUUGUACUGAUUUGCAUUCAUGCCAGCCAGCGCAGCUAGUAAAAAGAGUAUGUCCAUUUCCCCUGCAUAGUCUCCUGGUCACUGUAAUUGAUGUGUGUGUGUGUGUGUGUGUUGUGUGUGUGUGUGUGUGUCUGUGUGCGCUUGCGUGCAUGUGCGUGUCUUGGCCAGCUUGAUGGGCUGCAAAUGGUAUUUCGCUGUUUGGGGUUGUUUUACUGGAUGUAAAUGCUCUUUAUCACCUCUUUUUCCUGUGCCUGCUUCCUGCCCUUUUUUUCCCCAUUCUCAGAAAAAUCAUUCAGCUUCAUUGCAGGGAAAAAUUAAAAAGCAGACAAGUUAACAGAAGAAAUUUAAUGUCCCCCCAAUCAAUUCUAAUCACCACCCAUAUCAUUCUGAAACUUUUUCAUACAUAUGUCUGUAAUAUUUUCCAAGAACUACCUGAAACAUUUUUGGCUAUAUCUCUCUAGUAUUUUUUUGCAUAUGUCAUAUAUGUAUAUAAGAAUGUAUAUACUGUUUUUAUAUCUGCUUUUUCACAGAAAAAUGUGUGUGUAUAUAUGUUUAUACACACAUACUCUAUUUCAUUUCAUGUCAUUAAAGUUACUUUUAAAAAUAUUUCCUCUGGCUGUUAAUAUAACAUUGAAUUGACGACUCAAUAGAUGGACAGAGGCAUUAGGUAUAUGUGCAUAUAUAUCCAUGUCUCUAUGUCUGUUAGUGUCCAUGUGAGUAUAUAUAUUUUAACUGUUUCCUAAUUGUUUAACAUCUAGUUUGAUACUUCUUUUCCUUUAUCCAAACAAAGUAGCCAAAAUCAUCAUAGUGCACAAUCUUUGCUGACUUUCAAGAUAAUUUUCUGAGAAAAAAAUACUACUAAAAGAUAAACUGAAGUUGCAAAGAUUUGGGCUGACCUUGUCAGG